CCAAACGGCGUUACAGCAGACACAACAUGUUUUCGCCAAAGUCGCCGAAAAAUGUCUCGAAGUUUGUGUUUAAGUCGUCGCAGGGCGCGAGGGAGCAGAUCUGCAUGGUUGAAUGUAAACCGGACUGCACCUGUAGCGUCCACCAAACCGGCGGCUGCAGCGCGAGACUCUGCGCGCCCCAGUUCAAGGAGAAUGGUUUCGACAUCGAGCAGCAAGGCCUCGACAACUUGGCCUACGAGUACGGCAGUCAGAGCGAGCUCUACCCUCCGCCCAAAACUGCCUCCACAACAACUUUUAAACUCCUGGGACUCAGCGCAGAGCACCAGGCCAAAGCCAUCGAGAGCAGAAUCUGCAGCCUGAGUGGCGUUCUCGCUGUCAGCUUGUCUGUCCGCAGCAGCUUGGCCAAAGUGGACUAUCAUACCUCAGUUAUCACAGCCAAAGAGGUCGCAGCGGAGCUCCAGAGGAUGGGAUUCAACGUGGAGUCUGCGGUGCAGAUCAGAGUGGACGGGAUGCACUGUCAGUCCUGCGUGCAGUCCAUUGAGGGACACAUUGGUCCUCUAAAUGGGGUUUCACAUAUUCAGGUGUCUCUUCAGGACGCUGUGGCGCUCGUUGUGUAUCAACCUCUUGUCGUCUCACAACAGGAGCUUAGAGACAACAUCGAGGACAUGGGUUUUGGUGCUACUUUAUUAACCGAUGAUCUGUCCGGAUUUGAUAUAAGCUACUGGCAGCGGGAUGUGUCGAGCUCCACUGUGACCGUUUGGAUCGUAGGGAUGACCUGCAACUCGUGCGUGCAGUCCAUAGAAGGGAGGAUCUCUCAGAUGACGGGAGUGACGUCCAUAGCCGUGUCACUGAAGGAGGAAAAGGGAACGAUAACCUUUGACCCCAGUCUGACGGAGCCGGAGCACCUCAGGGCAGCUAUCGAGGACAUGGGCUUUGACGCAUCACUUGAAGAACCUGCAUCAAAAAACCUCCAGGGUCAAGAGAAGUCCAAACCUGUUAGCUCUGGACUUUCUGACCUCUCUGACUUGCGCUCUCCCAACAAAGCUGGAGUCAGCAAUGGCACCGGAUCACAGGCGACUCCUGCAAGCGAGAUUAAAGUACAAAAAUGCUUCAUUUGCGUAAUGGGAAUGACCUGCGCCUCCUGUGUGGCCAACAUCGAGAGGAACCUGCUCAAACACAAGGGAGUCAUCACGGUGUUGGUGUCACUGAUCGCUGGGAAAGCGGAGGUGAAAUAUGAUUCAGAAGUCAUCAACGCUGCUGCUGUAACUCAGCUAAUAGAAGAUUUAGGAUUUGGUGCUAAGCUGAUAGAAGACAAUGCAGUGACACAUGGAAAACUAGACCUCACUAUAACCGGCAUGACGUGUGCAUCGUGUGUGCACAACAUCGAGUCCAAACUCACCUCAACCAAAGGGAUCCUCGGGGCCUCCGUCGCCCUCGCAACCAAAAAAGCUCAGAUCCAGUUUGACCCAGAAGUGCUCGGAGCGAGAGAUAUUAUCAAGAUCAUUCAGAGUCUCGGUUUUGAGGCCAGUCUGGUGAAGGCGGGCUUCAAGAACAACCUCGAUCACACAGAAGAAAUUCGACGGUGGAAGAACUCCUUCCUGCUCAGCCUAGUUUUCGGGCUGCCCGUCAUGGGCCUCAUGAUCUACAUGAUGGUGAUGGACAGUCAGCACCAGGAGCACGGGGGCUCCAUGCCCGAGGAGCAGAACCUGCUGCCCGGCCUCUCCCUCCUCAACCUGGCCUUCUUCCUGCUCUGCACACCUGUGCAGAUCUUCGGAGGACGAUACUUUUACAUCCAGGCGUACCGCUCGUUAAAGCACCGCACGGCCAACAUGGACGUGCUGAUUGUGUUAGCCACGUCAAUUGCCUACAUCUACUCCUGCGUGGUCCUCAUUGUGGCCAUGGCGGAGCGAGCCAGCCAGAGUCCCGUCACCUUUUUCGACACUCCACCCAUGCUGUUUGUGUUCAUCGCUCUGGGUCGAUGGCUGGAGCAUGUUGCAAAGAGUAAAACCUCAGAGGCUUUGGCCAAAUUAAUGUCACUUCAAGCCACCGACGCCACCGUGGUCACUUUGGGAAACAACCACUCCAUCAUCAGCGAGGAGCAGGUAGUGGUGGAGCUGGUGCAGCGGGGCGACAUCGUGAAAGUCGUCCCUGGAGGGAAGUUCCCCGUUGACGGGAAGGUGAUUGAGGGGAGCUCCAUGGCAGAUGAGUCCUUGAUCACAGGUGAGCCGAUGCCUGUCAGUAAGAAGGUGGGCAGUUUGGUGAUUGCCGGCUCCAUCAACGCUCACGGUGCUCUGCUGGUGGAGGCCACUCACGUCGGCGCCGACACAACUCUGUCUCAGAUAGUUAAACUGGUGGAAGAGGCCCAGACCUCCAAAGCGCCCAUCCAGCAGUUUGCAGACAGGCUCAGCGGCUACUUUGUGCCCUUCAUAGUGAUCGUCUCUGUGCUGACGCUGGUGGCCUGGCUCGCUGUCGGGUUUGUCAACUUCGACAUAGUGAGGGAGAACUUCCCGGGUUACAACCAGAACAUCUCCAAGGCCGAGGUCAUCGUCCGCUUUGCCUUCCAGGCGUCCAUCACAGUUCUGUCCAUCGCCUGCCCCUGCUCUCUGGGGCUGGCGACCCCGACAGCUGUCAUGGUGGGAACAGGGGUCGGAGCUCAGAACGGGAUCCUCAUUAAAGGAGGCGAGCCGCUGGAGUUGGCACACAAAAUCGGCGUGGUGAUGUUUGAUAAGACCGGUACAAUUACAAACGGAGUCCCGCGGGUCACUCGUGUGCUGGUGUUGUGGGAAAUGGCCCGCAUGCCUCUGAGGAAGAUCCUGGCGGUGGUUGGAACAGCUGAGGCCAGCAGCGAGCACCCGCUGGGCAUGGCCGUCGCCAAACACUGCAAACAGGAGCUGGGCUGUGACUUGCUCGGCUACUGCCAGGACUUCCAGGCGGUGCCCGGUUGUGGGAUCAGCUGCCGAGUUUCCAGCGUGGAACAUUUGCUGCAGCAGCAGAACGAAGAGCGGUUCCUGCUGCCGGGAGCCACCACCGACGAAAGCAGCCUGCUGUCUGCUGCCGAGGACACGUCUGCAGACGAGCCUUUGUCGUACUCCGUCCUUAUUGGGAACAGAGAGUGGAUGAGGAGGAACGGCCACCACAUCGGCGCAGACGUUGACGCCGCCAUGUCCAGCCACGAGACGAAAGGGCAGACUGCUAUCCUGGUGGCGAUAGAUGGUGUGCUGUGUGCCAUGUUAGCCAUCGCGGACACGGUGAAGGCAGAGUCGGCGUUGGCGGUGCAUACGCUCAACAGCAUGGGCAUUGAGGUGGUUAUGAUAACGGGAGAUAACAGGCGCACAGCUAAAGCCAUAGCUGCUCAGGUGGGGAUCAGAAAGGUGUUUGCAGAGGUGCUGCCUUCACAUAAAGUGGCAAAAGUCCAAGAGCUGCAAGAACAAGGCCGGCGAGUGGCCAUGGUGGGGGACGGCGUCAACGACUCGCCCGCCCUCGCUCGGGCCGACGUCGGUAUCGCCAUCGGCACAGGCACGGACGUGGCUAUCGAGGCGGCUGACAUCGUUCUCAUUCGAAACGACCUGCUGGAUGUGGUUGCCAGUGUUGAGCUGUCAAAGAAGACUGUGCGGAGGAUAAGGACUAACUUUGUCUUCGCUCUUAUCUACAACCUCCUGGGAAUACCCAUCGCUGCAGGUGUGUUCAUGCCUGUUGGUCUGGUGCUGCAGCCCUGGAUGGGCUCCGCCGCGAUGGCUGCUUCGUCCGUUUCAGUGGUUCUGUCGUCUUUAUUGCUGAAAAUGUACAAGAAAACCUCGGCGGAGCUGUAUGAGGUGCGAGCGCUGGGCCAAACGAGGAGCCUCCGGUCGUCGCAGAUCAGCACACAUCUGGGUCUGGACGGCCAGCGACGCGGCCCGACUGUCCCCGCCGGAGCUCGGGAGCAGCUGAGCCAAAACAGCGCCGUGACACCCAGCCAGGGACCGUCCAUCAGCUCUGUGCAGAACCUUAAUGUGUUGUAAAGGAAAAGGGAAGAGGAACUGGGACAAAGUUUCUGCUCCUCAUGUUUAUGAUUGUGUAUUUUUUAAUGUAUUUAUGUAAAUAGAUGAGGAUCAGUGCUUUUAUUUUGUCGCGGCACAUUCACCUUAUGAAACCGUUAUCGGUGGCUCUAAUCUAUAACUUUCUGAUAAAAAAUCAAGCUGCUAAAAGAGAAAGUAUUACUGAAGCAUUGUCAUUUAAUGCAUUUUUUCUAUUUUCACACAGGAGCCACAUAAAUCAAAAUUGCCACAUGAAUGCGUGCGUGUAACUGCUGUCCAAAUGCACUUUUAUGGUAAGCACAACUCAAAGUAAAGCCACACUGUUUGGAUAA